GAUGAUUUAAUCAAAACAACAAACAAAAACCACAGAACAAAACGCGCUUCAUCAUAAUUGUAGAGAGAGAGAGAGAGAGAGAGAGAGAGAUGCAGUCACCUUGUUUGAAAGAGUUCACAGAAUUAUGCCUCAGCGCCUGCUGGCCCAACCCCUUACAUAAGCAGUCAGCGGAGCACCACCGCACCAUAUCCAACUCCGGAAGCACUUCUGCCGCUUGCCGCCGUGACUUUGCGGCCACGACUUCAUCAUCCAUCUUCCCAAACACCGAGUUCACCAACCACGAGUCUCUCCCGUCAUUGCAGGAGUCCUUCACAGACUUCACAAAUGUUUAUUCCAAAUACCAUGAAACUGAAGAAGUUGAUCAAAUAAGAGCUAAAGAGUACGCCCAUCUCUCACAGUCAAACCACACCUGCCUUGAUUAUAUUGGCAUCGGCCUCUUCUCAUCUUCCCAGAUGCACAAGCACGAAUCCUCUCCGCAAGUAAGCUCCGAUUUCCCCUUCUUUAGUGUAUCGUACAAGACAGGGAGUUUGAAGACGCAGCUGCUUCACGGCGGCCAAGAAUCAGAGCUUGAAUCUGCAAUGAGUAACAGGAUUAUGGAGUUUCUGAAUAUAUCAGCAAAUGAUUACAGCAUGGUUUUCACCGCCAACAGAACAUCGGCUUUUAAACUUGUGGCGGAAUCUUACCCGUUCAAGACUUGUAGGAAGCUGCUGACAGUGUAUGAUUAUGAGAGUGAGGCAGUGGAAGGGAUGAUUAACAACUCAGAAAAGAGAGGAGCCAAAGCCAUGGCGGCGGAGUUUUCGUGGCCCAGGCUGAGGAUUCAAUCGGCAAAGUUGAGGAAGAUGGUUGUUAGCAAGAGGAAGAAGAAAAAGAAAAGGGGGCUUUUUGUGUUCCCUGUACAUUCUAGGAUAACAGGCUCCAGAUAUCCUUAUGUAUGGAUGACCAUGGCGCAGGAGAACGGGUGGCAUGUCUUGGUUGAUGCUUGUGCAUUAGGACCAAAAGAUAUGGACAGCUUCGGCCUCUCGCUCUUUCAACCCGAUUUCCUCAUUUCUUCUUUCUACAAGAUUUGUGGGGAAAACCCUUCUGGCUUUGCAUGCCUCUUUGUCAAGAAAUCUGUUGUUUCAGUCCUAGAAGUUUCCACAAGUACAGGAAUUGUAAAUCUUGUCCCGGCAAAGCAAUUGCUUCAAAUAGCAGGGGAUUCUUCUGGUACCGACACAGAGCUGGAGCAGAUAUGUAGACUUGGCAUGCAGCUAGAUGCAUUAGGCACGGCAAGUUCUUUCUCCGGUCUGAUAUCCAAUCAUACAACUCAGGCAAGAAGAUUGAAACAAGAACGCUCUGAGAGAGCUGAAGAAGCUGCAAACUGGGAAGAAAUCGAAACGUCUUCAGAGUUUUGGAGAUCAGAAAAACAUGCCAAUUUAAUGAAGGAUGAGAAUUCCAGAAGCAGCGGUAAUGGGGACCUAGAGGUUGUAUGCAGGGGGCUGGAUCUAGUGGAUUCACUGGGGCUAAUGAUGAUUACUAACAGGGCAAGGUACCUGAUCAAUUGGCUGGUGAGCUCAUUGAAAAAGCUUAAGCAUCCUAACAGCGAGGGAAUUCCUCUGGUUAAAAUCUAUGGGCCAAAGAUCAAAUUCGACAGGGGACCAGCUCUGGCAUUCAAUGUAUAUGAUUGGAAAGGAGAGAAGGUUGAGCCUAUUCUCAUACAGAAACUAGCUGACAGAAACAAUAUUUCUCUUAGCUAUGGAUUCUUACACAACAUUUGGUUCUCGGAUAAGUACACUGAUGAGAAAGGGAGAAUCCUAGAGAAAAGAGAAAGCGGAGUGAAGGGAACGGGUGCUAACAAGUUCAAGGCGAAAUCUGAUCUAGGAAUUACCGUGGUUACAGCUGCACUCGGAUUCUUGGCCAACUUUGGAGACGUAUACAGGCUUUGGGCUUUUGUUGCACUGUUCCUGGAUGCAGACUUUGUGGAGAAGGAGAGAUGGAGAUAUACAGCUCUUAAUCAGAAAACAGUUGAAGUGUAAGUAACAUCUACACAUUUUGUUUAUUCUAAUUGGUCUGCAAGUGUAGACAUUUGCAGAAAACUGAUGUAUUCCUUCUUCCUCGGAAAGAGUUUCAGAACCUUCCAAAUAAUUCAUUGGCUUGUUACGUGA